AUGACUGACAGCACUAAGUAUGCGGUGGCCCCUCAGCGGGAGGGGGAACCCACCCCUUCACCAGAGGACCCCAACUCUGGAACAGAGCAGGUGGCAUUGAAGAAGGAGAUCUCGUUGCUGAACGGCGUGUGCCUGAUCGUGGGGAACAUGAUUGGCUCUGGCAUCUUCGUGUCUCCCAAGGGUGUCCUCAUGUACAGCGCAUCCUUUGGCCUCUCCCUGGUCAUCUGGGCCCUGGGGGGCAUCUUCUCCGUCUUUGGAGCCCUUUGUUAUGCAGAACUUGGCACCACCAUUAAGAAAUCUGGGGCCAGCUAUGCCUACAUUCUGGAAGCCUUCGGGGGUCUUCUUGCCUUCAUCCGCCUCUGGACUUCUCUCCUCAUCAUCGAGCCCACCAGUCAGGCCAUCAUCGCCAUCACCUUUGCCAACUACAUGGUGCAGCCACUCUUCCCGACCUGCUUUGCCCCUUAUGCUGCUGGCCGCCUGCUGGCUGCUGCCUGUAUCUGUCUCUUAACCUUCGUAAACUGUGCUUAUGUCAAGUGGGGAACCCUGGUACAAGAUUGUUUCACCUACGCUAAAGUAGUGGCCCUGAUUGCCGUCAUCAUUGCAGGCAUCGUCAAACUGAGCCAGGGAGCCACAAGUCACUUUGAGAAUUCCUUUGAGGGCUCAUCGUUUGCAAUGGGUGACAUUGCCCUGGCCCUGUACUCAGCUCUCUUCUCCUAUUCUGGUUGGGAUACCCUCAACUAUGUCACUGAAGAAAUCAAGAAUCCUGAGAGGAAUCUGCCUCUCUCCAUUGGCAUUUCCAUGCCCAUUGUCACCAUCAUCUACAUUAUGACCAAUGUGGCCUAUUACACUGUGUUAGACAUGCAAGACAUCCUGUCCAGUGAAGCUGUUGCUGUGACUUUUGCAGAUCAGAUUUUUGGAAUAUUCAACUGGACAAUUCCACUGGCAGUUGCAUUAUCCUGCUUUGGUGGCCUCAACGCGUCCAUUGUUGCUGCUUCUAGGCUUUUCUUUGUGGGCUCAAGAGAAGGUCAUCUCCCUGAUGCCAUCUGCAUGAUUCACGUUGAGCGGUUCACACCGGUGCCUGCUCUGCUCUUUAAUGGUAUCAUGGCACUGUUCUACCUGUGUGUGGAGGACAUCUUUCAGCUCAUUAACUACUACAGCUUCAGCUACUGGUUCUUUGUGGGACUUUCUAUUGUGGGUCAGCUUUAUCUGCGCUGGAAGGACCCUGACCGGCCUCGUCCACUCAAGCUCAGCCUUUUUUUCCCCAUUGUCUUCUGCCUCUGCACCGUCUUCCUGGUGGCUGUUCCACUUUAUAGUGAUACCAUCAACUCUCUGAUUGGUAUAGCCAUUGCCCUUUCAGGCCUGCCCUUCUACUUCCUCAUCAUCAGAGUGCCAGAACAAAAACGACCUCAUUACCUCCGAAAGAUUGUGGUAUCAGCCACACGGUACCUCCAAAUCCUAUGUAUGUCAGUUGCUGCAGAGAUGGAUUUAGAAAAUGAAACAGAGACUACUAAGCAGAAGAAUUCCAAAUCCAACUAAAUAAUCAUCAGAAGCUUGAGAGGUGAAAGCAGGGGCCCUUUGUUGCUUGCUGGCUUAGCCAAGAAGUUGGAAAGGAAAACUCACUACUUUGGAGGCACUUGUCCAAAAGCCUGACUUGGCAACUUUAGCAAAGCUUUGAACUUGCAUUUUUGAGAUGGAAAAUAAUUUAUUUGUUUUGCUACAUAAUGUUCUGGAUUUUUAGAGAGGAUGUAGUAGACUGGUGGGGAGCGUAUCAGGUGUGGGAAUUUGGUUCUAAAAAAGUACAUUCCCAUGUGUAAGACACUCACUUGCCUCUGGGUGUGCCUACCCACUCCUUUUCCUUUAAAAGGCCAAUAAUGCUCCAAACUGUCUCCUUUACAGAGACUUGAAACUGUCAAAGGUGUU